AUGAUUCAUGAAGAAAUUCAAAUGCAACAAUUAACUGAAAAUUACAAUAUACGUGAUUUACAAUUGGGAUUUUUAACAAAAAAAGGUAUUGAUCGUGGUCGGUACAAUAUACAAAAAGUAAAUGAAGUAGCAGCUGUUUUUUCUACUACUGCAAAUGGAGAAAUUCCAGAAACAUAUGUUACAAUUUAUAAUAAAAGCAACAAGACGAUACAACAAGUCAAUACGAUGGAUCCAAAUGUAGAACCAUGGAUUGAUCCAUUGUAUUAUCCAUAUGGUAAUCAAGGUUGGCAUGGUCACGAUGCUGCAUCUAUAAUUAUUGGAGAAAAUGUGGAUAAAACGAUAAUUCAUAAUGAAAUUCGAGAUUUUAUCGAAGCUCGUUAUGUUGGUCCUGUGGAAGCAUGUUGGCGUAUUUUGAACAAACCUUUACAAGAAAAGAGUCACGCUAUUUUUCGUUUACAGGUACAUUUGCCAAAUGAACAUAGUGUAAUUAUAGAUGAGAAUGUUAAUAAUGAUGCAAUAAGAUCGGCUGUAGAACGAGUGACGAUGUUAUUGGAUUAUUUUGAAUUAAAUGCUCGAGAUAACGAAGCGAAACAAUAUUUUUAUAGUGAUAUUCCAUCUCAUUAUGUAUUCAAAAAAGUAACAAUUAAUGGUAAAACCAUUAAUCGUUGGGAAAAAUGUCAGAGAUAUUUUAAUUGUAUUGGUCGAAUGUAUUCCGUUAGUCCAUCUCAGAUGGAAUUGUUUCAUCUACGUAUACUUUUACUACAUGUUAAAGGAGCGAAGAAUUUUGAAGAACUAAGGACACUUAAUAAUGAAAUACAUCAAACCUUUACCGCUGCGUGUUUAGCAUUAGGACUCAUAGAAGAUUAUAACGAAUGGUAUCGCGCAAUGAAUGAAGCUAAAGUUUGGAUGAUGCCAAGGCGACUUCGUAAUUUAUUCGUUCGAAUUUUAAUUCAUUGUCAACCAGUUUAUCUGAAAAAAUUAUGGGAUGAGUUUAAAAGAGAUAUGUCGGAAGAUUAUAUAAGACAAUAUGGACUUACAAUAGGAAUAAAGAAAGCUUAUCGCUAUAUUAUUAAUUUACUAGAAAAGGAAGGAUCUAAUAUAACUAAUUUUUUUGAAAUAGAACAAGUUACAGAGGAACAAGAGAUAGAAAAUACAGAAGAAGGUCAAGAAGAUACAUUGAUAGGUGGAUCUGGUAAAACUUUCAUUUAUACGACCUUGUAUUAUUUACUUAAAAGUAGAGAAAAAAUAAUCAAUACGAUGUCAUUUACUGGUAUUACUGCGACAUUACUUCCAAAGGGAAGAACGAUUCAUAAAGUUUUUGGAUUACCGGUACCUCUUUUUACUGAUUCUACAUCAAACAUUAAAGUUCAGUCUAAAGAAGCUGAUAAUUUAAAACUUGUAGAUAUUUUCAUUUCAGACGAAGCUCCUAUGGCUCCACGUUAUGUAUUGGAAAUAAUGGAUCGAACAUUACGUGAUAUAAUGCAAAAUAAUAAUUUAUAUUUCGGUGGGAAAAUAGUGCUUCUCGAUGAAAAUGUACGAACUUUACCAGAAGAAAGAGAAUUUGCACAAUUUUUACUAGAUUUAGGAAAUGGUACUUUAAAUGAUUACUCGGAUAAUGUUCAAAUUCCUGAAAGAUGUAUAGCGAAAAUUGAUUCGGAUAUGAUAAAAGAUACAUAUGGAGAUAUAAUAACACACAAGAGAUAUUAUAGAGACAUUAUAGUUAAUCACAUUAUAUUAUCUGCAAGAAAUGCGGACGUUGAUGAAAUAAACGAGAGAGUAGUUAAAUUAUUGGAUGAAACAACAGAAAGAAUUUAUACAAGUGUGGAUACUCUUGAAAUUAACGAUAACGAAGAUAUAUGUGAAGCGAUUACAACAGAAUAUCUUAAGGGGAUGCUGGAGUGA